AUGAUAACAGUAGCCAUCGCUGCCGAGUUGCUUGAAGAAUACACGGUGGCGCUCGCUCGCAUCACCGCCACACUCCUGCCUCCACCACCGACAAGUCGCCGUCGAAGCGUGCGAGCUCCGAAUAGCGGCGGUCGAGCUGAUUCUCCGUUACCUCGUAACGAUAUGUCAUCAUCAUGUGCUCCAAACUACGGCGCUUUUCUCUUGAAUUUCUGA